ACUGCAGUCAGAUUCUGCCGGCACACCGAGGUUGUGUGAUAGUAGCAGGAGUUGAAUUGUCAUUUAGCAUUUCUUAAUUUGCUUUUUACAGGAGAUUAUCAUGAACACACUGAACCAACAGUAUGAGGAGAAGGUGCGUCCCUGCAUUGACCUCAUCGACUCUCUUCGGUCUCUGGGUGUGGAGAAGGACUUGGCGCUGCCAGCCAUCGCCGUGAUUGGAGACCAAAGCUCGGGGAAGAGCUCCGUGUUGGAGGCGCUGUCAGGGGUGGCUCUGCCAAGAGGCAGUGGCAUUGUGACAAGAUGUCCUCUCGAACUGAAGAUGAAGAGAAAGAAAGAAGGAGAGGAGUGGUACGGAAAGAUAAGCUACCAGGACUGUGAGGAAGAAAUAGAAGACCCUGCAGAUGUGGAGAUGAUGAUUCGAGAAGCUCAGAAUGAAAUGGCCGGGGAAGGGGUGGGGAUUAGUGAUGACCUCAUCAGUCUGGAGAUCGCCUCUCCUGAUGUUCCAGACCUGACGCUCAUUGACCUGCCCGGCAUCACCAGGGUAGCUGUAAAGGGACAACCAGAGAACAUUGGAGACCAGAUAAAGAGACUGAUCCAGAAGUUCAUCCAAAGACAAGAAACCAUCAGCUUGGUGGUUGUUCCAUGCAACGUGGACAUAGCAACCACAGAGGCUUUGAAGAUGGCCCAGGAGGUGGAUCCUGAUGGGGAGAGGACUCUGGGUAUCUUGACCAAGCCUGACCUGGUGGACAAAGGCACAGAAAAGACAGUGGUUGAUAUUGUCCAUAAUGAGGUCAUCCACCUGAAGAAGGGCUACAUGAUCGUCCGGUGCAGGGGUCAGAAGGAUAUCACAGACAAGGUGUCUCUGACUGAAGCAAUAGAAAGAGAGGAAGCCUUCUUUAAAAAUCAUCUACAAUUACAGAUCCUCUACGAUGAAGGCCUUGCCACUGUUCCUAAACUCGCAGAAAACCUCACCCUUGAGCUGGUGCAUCAUAUCCAGAGAUCACUGCCUCAACUGGAAGAGCAGAUAGAAAAGAAACUCAGGCAGACUCAGGCAGAGCUCGAAAAAUAUGGCAACGGACCCCCACCUGACGCAACUGAGAGACUCAGUUUCCUCAUUGAUAAAGUGACAGCAUUUACAUAUGAUGCUAUCAGCCUCGCCGCAGGGGAGGAACUCAAAUUUGGAAGCAGGACUAAUAUCUUUGCCAUACUCAGAAAAGAGUUUGCGGUAUGGAAAGAUGUCAUUGAGCGCUCUGGAAUAACAUUCAACUGGAAUAUUGAGAGAGAGGUGGCUCAGUAUGAACGAAAGUACCGUGGAAGAGAACUGCCUGGGUUCAUCAACUACAAGACCUUUGAGGGCAUGGUGAAGGAGCAGAUUAAACAGCUGGAAGGGCCUGCUGUCCUGAAACUCAAGGAAGUGACAGAAAUUGUGAAGAAGGAGUUGUUUGAGUUGGCACAGAGCAGCCUAGUUGGACUUCCUAACCUCAUCAAAACAGCUCAGAUGAAGAUUGAAGCCAUCAGAAAGGAGAGGGAAACUGCAGCAGAGUCCAUGCUGAGGACUCAGUUUAAGAUGGAAUUGAUUGUUUACACUCAGGACAGCACAUACAGCAAGAAGUUAGGGAAACGGAAGAGGGAAGAACAGACGAGCACCAGCAGCACUGACAGUGGGGCCACUCUGAAGGAGAUGAUUAAACACCUGAAAUCCUAUUACCAAAUUGCUGGCCAGCGUCUGGCUGACCAGAUCCCCCUUGUGAUCCGCUACCAGAUGUUGCAGGAGUCUGCCAUCCAGCUGCAGAGGGAGAUGCUGCAAUUGCUUCAGGACAAGGAGAAAACCGAGAUCCUGCUUCAAGAGGACUCUGGCAUACAAACCAAGAGAAUCCACCUUCAGAAUCGCAUCAAGCGCCUGUCAAAGGCGCGCAUGCUGUUGACUGACUUCAGUAUGAACAUAUACAACUUCAACACAACUCAUUGCACUCCUUGAAACAAGAUUACUAAUAAAAGUUGCUGAAUAAUCACAUUCUUAAAAAAAAAAACAUUCCUUUGCAGAUUUUACACCAUAUUCUCACUUUUCCAUUUAAUGUUUUUGUUUCCUGAAUGGCAUGCCACAUACAUACAUAAGGUCCAAAACGGAAAG